AUGAACAACGCCGCCUUGUCCUUUGCACGUGUCUCUUUCAACGUUCUAGUUUGGGCCGCCGUGUAUCCUGCGGUGGUCGCUGGUUCUGCAAAGCCUUCCUGGACGACCUCCCAAGCUUCCUGGGAACCGAGAAGAGCCUUCAUCUGGAUACUCCAAUUCUCGUGCCUGGACAGGGCUGCCAUUAUAGUUCCUAACACAAGCCUUGAAGAACAAAAAUGUAACAGAUGGAAACUCUGCACUGUAACUGAAGUAGAGGAAGCAAAGGUCUUUCUUUACUUGAUACCAUUGUGGAUGACUUUUCCAGUGUGUGGGGUUGUUACUUCCAUUGGAGGAACUUACUUCAUGGAGCAAGGAAAUCAAAUGAACCCAUAUCUUGGAAAAUUGAAGCUCCCUCUUUUCACACUUCUGGUCUUUCAUAAGUUGGCUGAGACUUUGUUCUCCUUUAUUAGUGGCAAAGUUAGAGACAUGGUACGUGCCAACCUUAGAAAAUAUGUGCCCCCAUUUGGAAUGGUAGUAGCAAUGACAUGUUCCAUAUUGUGUUGUAUCACUGCUGCUGCAGUUGAAAGGAGGAGAUUGGAUGUUGUGAGAAGCCAUGGAUUAAUGGAGAAACCCAAAGACAAAAACAUUAUCCCAAUGACAAUGUUUUGGCUGAUUCCACAAUAUCUUUUCUUAAGUGCCCUUAACGGAAUAUCUAGUUUUAGUUCUACACGUUUCUUCAAUGAUCAAAUUCCUGAGUCACUGAGAAGUUACUUGCUUGAUAUCACAGCUGGUGUAACUGGAGCAGGAAUCAUGGGGAGUGUUGUCACAGUUUAUGCAUUUGGCAAGGCUAGUGAAAUUGGAGGAAAUCCAAGUUGGUUUCAGGACACACUAAAUAAAAGCCGUCUAGACAAUUAUUAUUGGUCAUUGGCUGCGUUAAGUUCUAUAAAUUUAGUGUUAUUCACUCUGGUGGCUCUGCGAUUUCCAUACAAAGAUUCAGAAAAGCCAGUCUUUGAAGCUCCAGAAGAGGGGACAGUUACUGAUGAUCCCAGAUUUUGUGAAAACUAUUAUUCUCAUGAAGGAUUCAACCCCAAAGAUCUUCACUGCCUUCUUAAGAAGGUUGAAUAUGCCUUUGGGGUAGAUGAUAAAGAAGAGACGCAAGUCAACUUGGCACCUAGUCGCAACAGGGUACGACGAACACCAGCAUGUCCCCCUAUCUUGGAGGAGUGA